AUGUCAUUCCACGAGUCUGUGGGCCUGCUCGCCAUCUGCGACGCCAUCGAAACCGUCGAGGCUGCCGCGUCCUCCUCGUCCACGUCCACGUCCUCGUCCUCGCCCUCGCCCCCGCCCCUCCUUCCGCCGCUCGUCGCCGCCCACAGCAAACAGCAGAAGCAGAAACAGAAGCAGAAACAGAGCCAGAAGCUGCUCUUCGGCCGCUACUUCCACCGUCCCGCCAAACACUCCCACUACGCCCUCAAGAUGAGUUCCAACCAGGCGUCCACCGCCAACAACAACAACAACUCUGACUCCUCCUCAUCAUCAUCAUCAUCUCCCUCGGCCGAUGGUGCAGUCAACCCCGCCGCUGUCGAUGCGCCGCCGGCUCAUCUCUCGGUCGCCGAUCUCGCCGGGAUGGCCGCGCGCGAGCGUCUCCACGACAACUCCGCGAUCGACCCCUCGUUCCUGCCCAUCGACCCGGCCAUCGCGCCAAUGGCUCCUGCAGACUACACCGCGUCCGCCGCGGCCUACCCGUCGCUGCUCUCGACGCUCGCCGGCGAGUCCGCGUUCCAUACGAUCCGUCGCCAGCCCGUGCAGUCGCAGCCCAAGCGCCGUCCGCAGCACCAAUCCCCGUACGAUAACAGCAUGGCCCACCAGCCGCAGCACACCCAACACCGACACCAACCACCACAACCUCAGCACACCUCACAACAACAACACCACCAACCACAACAACAACACCAACAGCAACAGACAAAUCAAUCAAGCAUCCCGCCCGAGCACAGAUCAGAAGAAUGCCACAUCUGCGGCCGGAUCUUCCGCGGCGCAAAGAGCUCCACCCACAAGCAGCAGCACAUCCGUCGCCUGCACCCUGACGACUACCAGCCCAAGCGAGGCGGCAAGAAGCGCGCCGCCGCCGCUGCUGCUGCUGCUGCUGCUAUAGCCGCGACCGCGUCGUCGGGCAUGACCUCACCCACUCCUGUCUCGAGCUCGAGUCACUCCGGGACGCCCUCCGGUUCUUCCGCGAGCGUCUCCCUGCCCGUCAUGCACGACUACCGGUCUUUUGAUAACAGCGCCAAUGACGACUCGGACGAGAGCAGGCGCAGAGUCCGGCCAAAGACUGAAGUCGCUGUUCCUGUCGAUCCGGCAAUCAUCGUCGCUGAUAUGGCCAGUGAGUCCACCGCCGCUCUGCAGCCUAGUGAGUCGAACGUCGCUGCUGCGCUUUCAGAGUUCAACAGCUCUCAGCAACCAAAGCAGGAAAACAACUGA